AUGCCCCCCCCGGGGGGGCCGCCGCUCUGGGGCUCCCGGGCCGCCCUCCUCCUCCUCCUCCUCCUCCUGCCGCUGCUGCUGCUGCGGGCGGGGGCUCCGCCGCCCCCCGACGACCCCACGGCGGACCCGCGGGGGGACCCGGAGGGCUCCGCGGCUCUUUCCUUCCUGCGGACGGGCGACGCGCGGCGCUUGGCCCUCACCAACUGCAGCCGCAGCGCCGCGCUGCGACCCCCGGGGCCCGAACCCCCCCCGGAGCUGCGGGCAGCCCUGCGGGCCGCCCCCGAAGCUCUGACCCAGGCGGCCAACUUCCUCAACAUGCUGCUGCAGGGCAACGACCUCCGCGAGGCCAGCGUGGCCGAGGACGUGGAGUGGUACCAGGCGCUGACGCGCAGCCUGGCGGGGGGGCACCCCUGGGCGCGCCGCUCCCUGCUGGCCCUGGACGCCCACCCGGCGGCCCCCGCCCCCCGCCUGGUGCUGCAAGCCACGGCCGCCGACGGGGAGAUCCACCUGCGGGACGUGUCCGCGCCGGGGAACCGCAGCUCGGACGGCGAAUGGGUGACGGAGCUGCGGGAACGGCGCGGCCCCCCGCUCCGCAAACGGGUGCUGAGCAACGACCUGCGCUCCAUGGAGACCCCCAAGUGGCGGCGGGGCGACGGGUACGUGGCGGGGCCGGGCCACGUGCGGUGGUCGCAGCCCUUCCUCGAGUGCCGCGACGGGAAAUUCGUGCCCGUCUGGGCGGUCGCGCUGUCCGCUGCCUUCUACGGGCUGAAGCCCGACCUCAGCCCCGAGUUCAAGGGAGCCGUGCGGGUGGACAUCGAGCUGCGGGACGUGGGCAUCGACCAGUGCGACAGCGGGACGGGCUGGUUCGCGGGCACGCACCGCUGUGACCUCAACAGCACCCAGUGCAUCCCGCAGCAGAACCGCGGCUUCGUGCUGGGACAAUACGCGUGUCGCUGCAAGCCGGGCUUCUACGGGCUCAGCGCCGGGACAGGUGCGUGCCGUGCCCGGACCCCCCCCACCCCGUCCCCCAACCCAGCCCCUCAGGGCUCGCGGGGGGGUUGCUUUGGGACUCCCCACGGCCCCGUUCCGUCCGCAGCGCCGGCGGAGGGGGCCGCGCUCUUGUCGUGCCGCCGGUGCCGGGAGGGCUGCGCCAGCUGCCGGGACGAUGCGCCCUGCGAGGUGCAGGAGGACCGGGCGCUGCGUGCGGCCGUGCUGUGCUGCCAGGCGUGCUGCAUGCUGGCCGUGUUCCUCUGCAUGCUGAUCGCCUACCACUGCCGCCGGAGCAAGAGGAUCCGGGCGUCGGGCGUUGUGCUCCUGGAGAUCAUCCUCUUCGGGUCUCUGCUGCUCUACUUCCCCGUCUUCAUCCUCUACUUCAAGCCCAGCACCUUCCGCUGCAUCGCGCUGCGCUGGGUGCGCGUGCUGGGCUUCACCAUCGUGUACGGCACCAUCACCCUGAAGCUGUACAGGGUGCUGAAGGCAUUCCUGGCCCGCGCGGCGCAGCGUGUGCCCUACACGGCCAGCGGGCGCGUGCUGCGGGCGCUGGGGCUGCUGCUGCUGCCGCCGCUCUGGUUCCUGGCGGCGUGGACCUUGGCCACGCUGGAGAAUGUCACCAGGAACGUCCCCGUGGUGGCCCGCACGCAGACCGCCCAGGGGCUGCACUUCUCCAUCUGCAGCCACGACCGCUGGGACUACAUGAUGGUGGUUGCCGAGCUGCUGCUCCUGCUGUGGGGCAGCGCGCUGUGCUGGGCCGCUCGUGCCGUGCCCUCCGCCUUCCACGAGCCGCGUUACAUGGGCAUCGCGCUGCACAACGAGCUGCUCCUCUCCGCCGCUUUCCACGCGGUCAGGUUCGCUGCGGUGCCCUCGUUGCACCCCGACUGGACGCUGCUGCUCUGCUUCGCCCACACCCACGGCACCGUCACCGUCACCCUGGGGCUGCUCUUCGUCCCAAAGUUCCUGCACGCCGGUUCGCCGCUGCGGGAGGAGAUCGCGGCCGAGGUGUACGAGGACGAGGUGGACGCGCGGCGCUCCGGGCUGAGCAGCAGCAUCGCGUCCGCGUGGAGCGAGCGCAGCGUCGACCCCGAUGACAUCCGGGAGCUGAAGCAGUUGUACGCGCAGCUGGAGCUGCUGCGGUCGCGGCGGAUGGCGGCCCGCAACCCGCACCUCCCCGCGCCGCCCCCGGCCCGCACCUCCGGCAGCCGCCGCUCUUCGGCCAAACGGCCGCACGACGGAACCGGCGGGGGGGGGCGGGACGGGGGCGGCCCGCGCCGAUCCCGCAGCUCCGAGCAUCCCGCACAGGACCCGGCGGCGGAGGGGUGCGCGGAGCCGUCCGACAGCGAAUCGCUGUGUGCCGCCCCGCUGCUGCCCAGGUCCGCCAGCGCCCAGCAGCUGGGGGGGUCCGCGCAGCCCCCCCUGCUCCGCGCGGUGCUUCUGCAGAAGUCGCUGAGCGCCGGUGCGGGCGCGGUCGCCCCGUCCUGGGCCCCCCCCGAGCCGGGGGGGGUGUCCCCCAGCCCCGCUGCCGCCCCCCCGCUGCCGGACGGGGGUCCCCGGCGCGACGCGUCCCCCCCGGCUGACAGCAAGGGGACGAAGCGCGUCACUUACGCACCCGUCAAAAGCGUCAGCGUGGACGGCCCCCACCCCGCGGGGCGGGUGCGGGUGGUGGUGAAGAGGACCCCCCCGCCGCCCCCCGUGCGCUACCAGAGCCUCCCGCAGCGCCGCGGGGACGGCUCGGGGCCGGCAGCGGAGCGCGCGUCCCCCCCCUCGGGGCUGCGCUCCGGGCCCCCCACCCCCGCCGAGGUGUGCCCCUGGGAGCUGCUCCAGGAGGAGAUGCUGAGGAAGAAGCAGAACGGCGGCGAACCUCCGCCCUCCGCCCCCCCCGGGGAUACGGCAAGGACCCCCCCGAGCCUCAAGCCCCCCCCGCAGAGAGCCUUCAGGAGCUUGGGGUUCGCCAUCAGAGCCAUCAACCGCUCCAGAGCGAAACGCAGCCUGAAAGGGAGCAGGGAGGGCAGCGCUCGGAAACGGGGCCUCGAGCGGGAGGGGGGCAACGGGGGGGAGCAGCCCGGCCUGGCAGGGACCCCCCUGCCGCCUCCAACGGGGGGCAGCGUGGACCCCAACCCGCGGGAUGGGGACGUGGACCCCUCUCAGUGCAUCACCACCGGCUCCACGUCGGAGAUCCCAGUGCUGGGGGACGGCGAGGGGACAGCAGAGGGACAGAGGGACAGCGCUGCCGGGGGGGGCACGGACGCUGGUGAGGGCCCGGUGUCACCCUCGGUGGCCGCGCAUCCCUAUGGCACAGAGUCCCCAUGUGUGGCACAGAGCGGGGGGGGCACGGGGCUGAGGGCUGAGGUCUGUCCCUGGGAAGCACCGAGUGCCCCGGUGGGGUCCGUGUCACAGCAGGACGGGGCCGGGGGGGUCCCACCGGUGGGGGGCAGCCCUAUGAAGGCGCUGGGGAAGAGUGGCAGCCAGCCCGCUGCCUGCGGGGGGGGGACCGAGGGGCUGUUCCCCAGGAGCAGGAGCGCAGAGUGGGGCCGGGUGGGGGCUGGGGGUCAAAGGGAGAUCUGCCCCCCGGAGGGCAGCGGGGGUGAGGAUGUGGAUGGCCCCCGCCAUGCAGUUCCAGGGGUGGGGGGCAGCGGGGCAGGGGUCUGCCCAUGGGACACAGAGAGGGGGGAUGAGGGGGAGGGAGGAGCGAGGCAGGAUGCGUGUGGGGUUCCUGAAGGGGAUGGCAAACGUGGAUGGAGGAGCACUGAGGAGCACAGAGUGCAGCGGGAAGAGAGGGGUGGGGGUCUGGGGGGGCAUGGGGACACCCUGAUCUCUGCAGAGAGCCCCGAGAGGGGGAAUGCUGAGCUAAGGAAAUCCCAGAGUGCGGAGAUCUGCCCCUGGGAGGGACAGGGGGGGUCAAGGGUCAGCAAGGCAGAGAUCUGCCCCUGGGAGGAACAGGGGGGGGCAGGGGGGAGCAAAGCAGAGAUCUGGUUGUUUGCGCUGCUGUCUGUGUACGGGCUCUGA